AUGAUUAUAGAGAAGAACAGUUUAGAAUCAGAUGAACCAACAGUUGUGUUGCCGACAAAACGGGCUCAGAAACAACAACCAAACAUAACACUGUCUGUACAACAACAACGGGAAAAUGCUACAGCUACAUACGAACUUGAUACGGAAAAAGACAAAGAUGCUCAAGCGAUAUUUGAGAAGGCACAGAAAAUAAAUGAGGAACUCCAAGGACAGGCUGAUGAUAAAGUGUAUCGUGGUAUAAAUAACUAUGCCCAGUAUCAUAAGAAACGUGACACAGCGGCUGGGAACGCUAGCUCUGGUUUGGUGAGGAAAGGUCCUAUCAGGGCGCCCGCUAACUUGAGAGCCACGGUCAGGUGGGACUAUCAGCCAGAUAUAUGCAAGGAUUACAAGGAGACUGGCUUCUGUGGUUUUGGAGACUCCUGCAAGUUCCUCCACGACCGACCAGACUACAAGCACGGCUGGCAGUUGGAGAGAGAGGAAACGGAACAUAAGGCCGGUGAUUCAGAUUAUGAGAUACACAGCAAUGAAGAAUUACCAUUCAAAUGUUUUAUAUGUUAUGCAAGAUGGCCAGUGUCAUUUAGUAUGGGCAAUAAACUGAGUAGAAUCACUAGUAUGGCCUAUUUAGGAUGUAAGCAUUAUUUUUGUGAGAAAUGCGCGUUAUCCCAGUACAAGAAGUCAACCCGAUGUUUCAUAUGUAACGCUCAAACCAGUGGAGUGUUCAACCCCGCCAAGGAGUUGGAGGCGAAGAUGAAGGAACGGAAUAGUGAUGAUGAUGAUGAUGAUGAUGAGUAA